AUGUCCCCCCGCCCGCCGGCCCCGCCGGCCGCCCCGCCCGCCGCCGAGCCGCCCCCGGGCCGGGCGGCGCCGCGGGCUCCGGGCCGGGCCCGGCUGUCGGCGGGGCCGCCCCGGCUGCUGCCGUCCAUGCUGAUGUUCGCGGUGAUCGUGGCGUCCAGCGGGCUCCUGCUGAUGAUCGAGCGCGGCAUCGUGGCGGAGAUGGGCCCGCCGCCGCCGCGGGGCCGCCGCGGGGCGCCCCCGGGGGACGCGGGGGACGCGGGGGACGCGGCGCUGCGCGUGCGGCGGGACGUGCAGAACCGCACGCUGCGGGCGCUGUGCGCGCAGCCCGGCAUGCCGCGGGACCCCUGGGAGCUGCCGGCCGGGCCGCGGCGCACGCUGCUCCGCCACGUCCUGGUGAGCGACCGCUACCGCUUCCUGUACUGCUACGUGCCCAAGGUGGCCUGCUCCAACUGGAAGCGCGUGCUGAAGGUGCUGGCGGGCGCGCUGGGCAGCGUGGACGCGCGCCUCAAGAUGGACCACCGCGCCGACCUGGUCUUCCUGGCCGACCUGCGGCCCGACCAGAUCCGCCACCGCCUGCGCCACUACUUCAAGUUCCUCUUCGUGCGCGACCCCGCCGAGCGCCUCCUCUCCGCCUACCGCAACAAGUUCGGCGAGAUCCCCGAGUACCAGCGCCGCUACGGCGCCGAGAUCGUGCGGCGCUACCGCCCCGGCGCGGGGCCCGACCCCGCGGGCGACGACGUCACCUUCGCCGAGUUCCUGCGCUACCUGGCCGACGAGGACCCCGAGCGCAUGGACGAGCACUGGAUGCCCGUCUACCACCUCUGCCAGCCCUGCGCCGUGCGCUACGACUUCGUGGGCGCCUACGAGCGCCUGGAGGCCGACGCCCGCCACGUGCUGGAGCGCGUGCGCGCGCCGCCCCACGUGCGCUUCCCCGCGCGCCAGGCCUGGUACCGGCCCGCCAGCCCCGAGAGCCUGCGCUACCACCUGUGCGGCGCCCCGCGCGCCCUGCUGCACGACGUGCUGCCCAAGUACAUCCUCGACUUCUCGCUCUUCGCCUACCCGCUGCCCAACGUCAGCCGGGAGGCCUGCCGCGGGUGACCCCGGGGUGGGGUGGGGGGGUGGGGUGGGGGGACCCCCCC